AUGAAGAGAAAGCGUCCACAAAUUGUGGAUGAUGAAGAUUCUUCAAGUAAUGAUACGUUUAUCAAUAAUAGUGACUAUGAUGUAAAAGACCUGCACGAGGAUGUAGCCAGUGACGUUGAUACUUCUUCUAUAGACCAAGAGCAAAGUCAAGAACAGAUGGAAAUGGAUGAAAGAGAAAGAGAAGAAGAAGAAGAAGAAGAAGAGGAGGAAAAGAAAGGAGACACAAAAUCAUUGAACUUGACGACAGAUUCAAUUACAAAGAAUCUAGAAAAUGUUGAUGAAAAUGCACUGGAAAAUGAAAUUGAUGAUAAAUUACAACAUAGUCAAAAUGAAGAGAGUAUUAAUAAAGUUGACGACGACCCUGAGCUCACUUCAAGAGAUUCGGGACAUACACAGGGUCUAAAUUCCACCAACAAGCUUAUAACAGAUGUCAAGCAGCAACGACCGGCUUCCGCUGAGCUCACUUCCUCGCCCACACCUCGAACUACUUCAACUUUAGCUUCGACUUCCACUUCUACCUCCACACCUACAGCUACAUCUACAAAUACAGCAACAGUUGAAAACGUUACUUCUAUUAAGGAGAAUUCUCAGCCACUUGAUGACCACAAAGAAAUCACGGAUGAAAAGAGCCAACAUGUACCAACACACGCGCACAAUCAACCAAGACUAGUUAUUGAAAAGUUGGUGUUGACAAAUUUCAAAUCCUAUGCUGGGUGCCAAACCAUUGGACCAUUUCAUUCAUCUUUUUCCUCUGUUGUGGGACCUAAUGGAAGUGGUAAAUCCAACGUGAUUGAUGCAAUGUUGUUUGUGUUUGGUUUCAAAGCAACCAAAAUGAGACAAGGCAAGAUAUCAGAGCUUAUACACAAUUCCGGAGAGGAGAAACCCGAUUUUUGUCAAGUUGAUAUACACUUUAAACAAGUCAUUGACGAUCAUGAAAAGUCACAUAAAGUAGAUGCUCCUCUAGAUUCCGAGUUGAUAAUCUCGAGAAAGGCUUAUCAAAAUAACCAGUCUUUUUAUUACAUAAAUGAUAAGAAAAGUACAUAUACAGAGGUGACAUCUUUGCUCAAAAACCAGGGGAUCGAUCUCGAUCAUAAAAGGUUUCUUAUUCUUCAAGGUGAGGUUGAGUCGAUUGCUCAGAUGAAGGCCAAAGCAGAAAAAGAAGGUGAGGAUGGGCUUUUGGAAUACUUGGAAGACAUCAUUGGAACAACAAAGUACAAACAAUUGAUUGAAAAUAGCACUUUGGAAAUUGAAGAGCUAAACACGGCUUGUCAAGAAAAAUCAGCACGAUUUGACUUUGUUGAAAAGGACAAGAACUUGCUUGACGAAAAGAAAGCAGAGGCUUUGAGGUUUCUUGAACAAGAGAAGAAACUAAGUACAUUAAAAGGAUUAAAGUAUCAAUCAAAAGCACGUGUGUACCAGGGUCAAAUUGCUGCUAAGGAAGAAGAGGUGAGUGAGCUUUCUAAAAAGCUCGAGGAAAAAAGGGACUCCAACAGGGAAGUGCUUGCACUAAUUGAGGCUGAUACAAAGAAGCAAAAAGAAGUCAAAGGGGAAGUGAAGACUUUAUUGGCUAAAAUUGACAAGUUAAACAAGGAAAAGAAAGAUUUGAACAAACAAAAUGUCUCAUUUGAAGAAAAAACCAAGAGUAUGGAAACCAAGUUGAAGAAAGCGCAAAAGGCUAAAAAUGCACUGACGCAUUCGUUGAAUAACGCUAAACAGAGCCUUGCAACUUAUUCAAACUCAUCUUCGCAAUACACGAUUGAAAUUGAUGCUUUGAAUGUGAAGUUUGCAGAAGAAGAAGAGAAAUUGAUGCGAAUGAGAGAAAACCUUACUGAGCGAACUUCGGGGUUCACCCAGGAAGUAGAGUCAUUGCGCAAGCAAAUGGAACCAUGGACCACGGCCUUAAAGGAAAAUGAAAACAACUCGCAACUUCUUCAAUCGAAUAUUGAACUUUUGGAAUCACAGAUGAAUGCUAAAAAGACACAAUUGGAAAAUAGCAAGCAAAGACUUCGGCAAAUCAAGACUGAAGGAAAGGCAAAAGAAGCUGAGUAUAUGGAGAAAGAAAGUGAUUUGGAAAAGAUCGAGGAGCAAUGUGCAUUGGGAGAAGAGCAGGUUAACAUGCUCAAAUCUGUUUUGGAAAAGAUGAAACAACAGAUAACCAAACAAAGGAAUAAACUUCAGGACUCAUUGGCUAUAAUGCAAGCUCGUGAUAACAAAAAUAGCGUGUUGGCUGCAUUAACCAAAUUGGGCAAGUCGGGUAGAAUCGAAGGCUUUUACGGUAGAUUGGGAGAUUUGGGUACCAUUGAUGAGAAAUACGACGUGGCCAUAUCGACCGCAGCACCAGGAUUGGAUUCAAUGGUUGUUGAAACUGUUGAAACUGCACAAGCUUGCAUCGAUUAUCUCCGAAAAAACAGGUUAGGAUACGCUAAUUUCAUUUGUCUUGACAAGUUGAGUAAAUUUGACUUAUCUCCAAUCCAGGUUCCAGGAGACCCAGCACGGAUAAAGAGACUUUUUGAUUUGAUCAAGCCCAGUAAUUCAAAAUUUGCACCAGCGUUUUUCAGCAAGAUGUUCAAUACUUUAGUUGCGCCGAAUUUAAAUGAAGCGAAAGCAGUGGCUUAUGGAGCUCGUCGAUGGAAAGUGGUGACUUUGGAUGGUAAGGUUAUUGAUACUUUUGGAACAAUGUCUGGAGGUGGUAACUACGUCCAAAGAGGUGCCAUGAAACUAUCUUCUGCCGAACGUGCUCAAAGUCGCGAAGAAGACGUUGAUGAGCUGGACAUAGAGCAGAUGCGUUCCAAAUUGAGAGAAAUGGAGGAACAGCUCGAAGAAACCAAUCGGGAAUACAAUGAAAGUAUAGCUGCUCUCAAGAAAGUCAAGGCUUUGGAGCCAGAGACAAGACUUGCGUUGGAUAGAUUAAAAUUGGACAUAGCUGGUCUAGCGUCUGAGAUGAAGGAUGUUUCUGAGCUCCGUAAGAGUUUGAUUGUUGAACAAGAAGAAAUGGAAAUAAACAAUCCAUUUGAAAGUCAAAUUUUAGAAAAGAAGGACCAAUUGGAAAAAUUGAAACGCGAAAAACUUAGACUUAAAGAGGAGAUGGCAGAAUCUGAAUUUCGAAUGUCUGAAUUGGAACAGAAGAUUAUGGAGGCUGGUGGUGUAGAAUUGAAGGUUCAAAAUUCCAAGGUUGAUUCCAUCAAGAAACAAAUUUCCAUAAUAAACGAAAAGACCAGUGGCGACCGAAUUGCAGUAAAGAAAUUGGAAAGCGAUAUUCUGCGACAUCAACGACUGAUUGAACAGGCUGAAUGUGAGAUUAAAGAGUUUGAAAAUGCACUUGAAGAUUUGAAGAGCUCACACAAAGAGAUUGUUUCUCAGAUACAUUCAUUAGAAGAAAAGAUUCAUGCCGUUGAGCAAGAGAAGAUUGACAAGGAUGAACAGUUGGAAGUUUUGCGUGUUGCAUUGGAAGAAAAGGAAGAAGAAAUUUCUGCGUUUAAACAAUACGAAGUGGAAACAAAUAACCAAUUGGAGAAAAUUAAUGGUAUUUUAAGAAAGAUAGUUUAUUCGAUGAAGGAGUGCGAAAAGGCUUUCCAAUCGAUAGAGUUUAGGGAUGCCACGCCUUAUGUGUAUUGGCUUGACGAAGAAGAACAGGCGAGGUAUAUUGCGUCUGAUCAGGAUAAAUUAACAGAUGUCGAAAUAGAUGAUAUUGAUUUGGAUGCAGUCGAGUCGGAGAUUGAAGAGAUUGAGAAAUACAUGUCCACAAUUCAAGUCGAUAUUGAGAUCUUGAAAGAAUAUGGGGUUAAGAUUCGCGAAUACAAUGAAAGAAGAGAGGAUUUGAACCGAGCAGUAGAGGAGCGGGAUGAAAAAAGAGAUUAUUGCGAGGACUUGAAAAGGAAAAGAUUGGACGAAUUUAUGGUUGGUUUUAGUACUAUAUCAAUGACACUAAAAGAGAUGUAUCGAAUGAUUACUAUGGGAGGAAAUGCAGAAUUGGAAUUGGUGGACAGUUUAGAUCCAUUCUCAGAGGGUAUUUUGUUUAGUGUUAUGCCUCCAAAGAAAUCAUGGAGGAACAUUUCCAAUUUGUCAGGUGGUGAAAAGACAUUGAGUUCCUUGGCAUUGGUAUUUGCUUUGCACAAGUAUAAGCCUACCCCGCUCUAUGUGAUGGACGAGAUCGAUGCGGCAUUGGAUUUCCGAAAUGUGUCAAUUGUCGCCAACUACAUAAAGGAAAGAACAAAGAAUGCACAGUUUAUUGUGAUUUCGUUGCGAAACAAUAUGUUUGAGUUGGCGCAAAAGCUCAUUGGAAUUUUCAAAUAUGAAAAUAAAACCAAAAGUGUUCCCAUAUUGAACAUCGAAUUGGAGGAUAUAGAAUAG